CAGGGAGAUUGUUUCAAGAAAAACCUUUGAUCCGGGGGCGCCUGUCUUGUCGAAAAGCUUUGCGUUUUCAGUCGCCCUCCGCCAGGACUUCUUGGCCGCACUAUCAUGUCCCCUUUCGCCUUUUCUAUCUCUAGUGGAUUCCUCCCCCGUCUCCAUUGCUCGGAAUAAAAAUUAAAAUACCCCCGCUAAAAAAUUCCCCUUGUGUCGUGCCUGUUGGAAAGUUGCUGUCCUCGUGCCUCCCUUUUGUCCCCGAGCGCCGUUGAGUUCGAGAUUGAGGCGCUCCUCUGUUGUUUUUCCCACUUGGAAGUUCGAGGUUUUUCUGUACCCUUUUGGGGGAAUCUUUGCGGUGGGUUUCGAGGUGGAGUCCGAUCACUGGUGUGCAAGGAUUUGGCUCGCGGGUCGUCUUGAGAGGGGAGAGAGAUUUGUUUGAUGCGCUGUUGCUGAGAUGCAGCCUGAUCAGCGGAAAAAGUCAUCUGCAGAUGUAGAUUUUUUCACGGAAUAUGGUGAAGGGAGCAGGUAUAAAAUAGAGGAAGUCAUUGGUAAAGGUAGCUAUGGUGUUGUUUGCUCUGCAUACGAUACACAUGUGGGUGAAAAAGUCGCCAUCAAAAAGAUCAACGAUAUAUUUGAACAUGUCUCUGAUGCCACCCGCAUCCUCCGUGAAAUCAAGCUUCUUAGGCUCUUGCGCCAUCCGGACAUUGUGGAGAUUAAGCAUAUCCUAUUACCUCCAUCCAGGAGGGAAUUUAAGGACAUCUAUGUUGUGUUCGAGCUGAUGGAGUCUGAUCUACACCAGGUUAUCAAGGCAAAUGAUGAUUUAACACCUGAGCAUUACCAAUUCUUUCUGUACCAGCUUCUUCGAGGACUCAAGUACAUUCAUACAGCAAAUGUGUUUCACCGGGAUCUGAAACCCAAAAAUAUCUUAGCAAAUGCUGACUGUAAACUCAAGAUUUGUGACUUCGGCCUCGCUAGAGUAGCUUUUAAUGAUACCCCAACGGCCAUCUUUUGGACGGACUAUGUUGCCACACGAUGGUACAGGGCUCCUGAAUUAUGUGGUUCCUUCUUUUCAAAGUAUACACCAGCCAUAGAUAUUUGGAGUAUAGGCUGCAUCUUCGCAGAGCUUUUGACUGGAAAGCCCCUUUUCCCUGGGAAAAAUGUAGUCCACCAGUUAGAUUUGAUAACCGAUCUAUUGGGAACACCUUCAGCCGAAGCCAUUGCCAGGGUACGCAAUGAAAAAGCCCGUAGAUAUUUGAGUAGCAUGAGAAAGAAAAGACCUAUACCUUUCUCACAGAAGUUUCCCAAUGCAGAUCCACUUGCACUCCGUUUGUUAGAAAGAAUGUUGGCAUUUGAACCCAAGGAUCGUCCAAAUGCUGAAGAAGCUCUUGCUGAUCCCUAUUUUAAGGGCUUGGCCAAGGUAGAGAGAGAACCUUCUGCUCAACCUGUGACAAAGAUGGAGUUUGAGUUUGAAAGGCGGAGAAUAACAAAAGAAGAUGUGAGAGAGCUGAUAUACAGAGAGAUACUAGAGUAUCAUCCGAAGAUGUUGAAGGAGUUCUUGGAAGGAUCUGAGCCAACGGGUUUCAUGUAUCCAAGUGCUGUUGAUCAUUUCAAGAAGCAAUUUGCUUUCCUUGAAGAGCAUUAUGUGAAGGGUUCUAACGCUCCCCCACCCGAAAGACAGCAUGCUUCACUGCCUAGGCCAUGCGUUCUGUACUCUGAUUCAGUGCAGAGCUCAAAUGAGGUGUCGGAAGAUCUGGCCAAAUGUUCCAUCAAAGAAACUGAUAAGUCUCUUACUGAGAGGAACUCUACAAUCCCGAUGUCAAGGCUUCCUCUUCAAGUCCCUCAAAGUGGAGCUGCAAGGCCGGGGAAAGUCGUCGGCUCUGUGUUGCGCUACAACUGUGGGGCAGCUGCAGCAGCGACUACGGAGGCGGUCGAGCAAAGGAGGACGGUAAGGAAUCCCGCGAUUGCAGCUCAACAUACUUCUACGGGCUCUUCGUAUUCAAGAAGGAAUCCAGGUUGUAAGAGCGAGAGAGCCGAAGAGGAAGGUAUUGGAAUUCCCAAUGGCGUGCAGCCUAAGCCUCAGUAUAUGCCGAGGAAGGUCGCUGCCGCUCACGGUGGGCCCGGAAACAAUUGGUACUGAAUGGGAGACCAGUACUUGGUGCUUUCCGGGACAAACACGUUACGCUUGUCCGGCUUCAUGCUGGCUCAUCGUAUCUCGGUCGGGCCAACACAUUGACUAGAAUCUCAAGAUUAACAUGCCACUGUCAUUAUUUAUCAGAUACAGCUAAUAGUGCGCGGGGGAGAUCAGAAUCUGCUUCUGCUGGUAAACUACUGAUUGCAGGUUACGGCGCAAUGCGGGUGGUAUAAGCAAAAAUUAUGAUCACGCUCUCCUCGGAAACCGGCGAAGUAAUGGAGGAGUCCGAGGUGAAUUUAUUUGGACUUCGUUUUGCUGAUUUCUUCUUGGGGACAGAUUUCUAUUUCCAGAUGGGACUGUGGUAUUUGUUAUUUGUACAUUGUUUUGUAACUUCCGGAAUAAGGACCCGCGAAUCGGGCUGCUUUCAAUGACAGAUAUUGUAUUCGGAGUAAAAAUGAAGUAUCAUUAGCUUACCUGAA